CGGGUUUGUGGUUACCAUAGCAACAGGACGCCUCUCUUCUGUAGACUCCGUCCGUUCGUCGUUUUGAGUCGCAGGAGUUUUCAAUCUGAGGGGGAAAAUCAACAUAAAUUACCAGAACGAGCACGUCAAACCAGGUCGACAUGCCGCUGCACGUGACCGACUACACGUGGACCCAAACGGACUCCGCGGUCCACAUCACCGUGCCGCUGAAGGGGGCCAAACCGGGCCAAGUGGACAUCGUCUCAACGGACGAGUACCUGAAGGUUAAUUUCCCACCUUUUCUGUUUGAGGCCUUCCUGUUUGAACCCGUUGACGAUGACAGGAGCACAGCAAAGGUUGGAAACGGAGUCGCAGUAUUCAGUUUGCCUAAGAAAACCAGCAGACUGUGGGACAAUUUGGUGCUAAGCACAAAUGAUAAAGCAAAAAAGAAGGAGAUCAGAGAAAAAGCUCUGGAGAAACAUCAGCAGAAGCUUUCCUCACAGUCCAAACAAAAAGCGGAGAAACAGCAAGCAGAGAAAAAAUACGCUCUGAAAACAAUGAUGAAGAUAAAACAGGCCCAGCCUCCUCCUCCGAGGCCCGGCGGGAACAUCCAGAUCUCGUUCACCCCCCGAGUCUUCCCUACAGCCCUGAGGGAGUCCCGCCUGCCUGAGGAGGAGGAGGCGGAGGCGAGGCGAUCCGUUAUUUCUGCUGCAGAGGAGCUGCAGGACCUGCGGGAGGAGGAGAGGAACCCCGACUGGCUGAAGGACAAAGGAGAGUGCUUUGGGACGGGGGACUUCCAGGGGGCGGUGAACGCCUACAGUUUGGCCUUAAGACUCAACCCACAGCUCCCAGCUCUGUUCUCCAACAGGGCCGCCUGCCACCUAAAGCUCAGGAACCUCCACAAAGCCAUCCAGGACGCCUCCAAGCUCUACGCCGAAGGGCUUCUCGACUAUGAAGCGGCUCUGAGGAUCGACCCCCAAAACGAGGCUCUGCGGGCCGACGCCCAGCGAAUCAGAGCCAUCAUCCAGGGCUCAGCGGCCAAUCAGGACGCAGAGAGAGGCGGA